UCACAUAAAUGAUAAAAUAUUUUGUUUUGGCCAUUUGGCUCCCUCCUCCAAAUUGACACUUUAUAAAAACCUUCUGUACUUUUUUUCCCCCUCCCUCUCUCCCUCUCUACUACCUCCAAGAUGGUAGGAAAGUUGUUGUUUUGGAGGGCAGAGGAGCCGAUCUCUGAUGUUAUGUCCUCUCGGUGCCUGUAGUGGUGCUAUAGGAGGCUGCUGGCUCUCUUCUUGAGCAGCCCCAGCAGCCCUGCCUUCUUUGCUGGAGAAUAUAUUCAGGGAUUCCCCUUAAUAAUCACCUACCCUCUGAGCACUUUGUAGUUUUAAAAUAAUAAAGAGCCCCCAAAGCUUCCUCCCCACAAAAAGCAGGAUCUUCUCAGAGACAGGGGGGCAGCAGCUCCUCAGCACAGAGCCCGAGCACAUUCCCAGUCCCUCUGCUGGGGAGGAAACUCUGAUCUGUCAGCCCAACAGAGGGAAAGGGGGGAGAGGAGAGAGAGGAGGGAAAAAAAAGCAGCUGGAAAGGGAAAAGAACGUCUGGUAGUUGUGAAGUGAGUGCACUGGAAGACCCACCAACGCGCUUCACCCCGCACAGACAAUCUGCUUCAUCUUGGUUCAUCAUCAUUCCAGGAUAGUGGUGUCCUUGGGGCUCUCUCUUGACAUUGACAUGGUACAGAAAAUUUAAAAUCAGCUGAUGUUCACAAGGAAUAGAGUCACGUGAUGUAUGAAGGCAAACACAUACACUUCUCUGAGGUUGACAAUAAGCCCUUGUGCUCAUAUAGCCCCAAACUGUGCAAGCAGAGGCGACUUAACGGCUACGCCUUCUGUAUCAGACACGUUCUGGAGGACAAGACUGCCCCCUUCAAGCAAUGUGAAUAUGUGGCCAAGUACAACAGCCAACGCUGCACCAACCCCAUCCCCAAGUCUGAGGACCGUAGGUACUGCAACAGCCACCUGCAGGUACUUGGCUUUAUACCGAAAAAGGAGAGGAAGAAAAAGAAUGAUCCCAUAGAGGAGGUAAAGGUCAGGCAUCAGAUGGAUGCUAUGGCCUUCAGUCUGACAGUGCCCACCCUGGCCUUGAAGAUGCCCAAUGGGCUGGAUGGGAUGUCCCUCUCCCCUCCAGGGGCCAGGCUUCCUCUCCACUACCUGGAGGCAGAAUUAGAAGACCCCUUUGCUUUCAAUGAGGAGGAUGAUGACCUAAAGAAAGGGGCAACAGUGAAGAAAAAGUUGCAGAGCAAGUUGGCUCAAAACCGGCAGCGCCAGAGAGAGACAGAGAUUUUAAAAGUUCGCCAAGAGCACUUUAGCCCCAUUCCUGCACCUUUGCAGCAGCAGCCUCUGCAGCAGCAGCACUCCCAUCUGCCACCUUCAUCAGCUUCGUUAAAGCCGACAGGGCUACCGCAGGGCAUAGUCUGCAAGUCACCUCAACCUCUGAACACCAGCCUACCAAUGCAGGGAGUGGCACCCACCACACACACUAUAGCACAAGCGCGGCAGUUGUCUAACAAGAGACCUCUGCCUCUCCUGCCACCCGCCAGGGCUCCUGUCACGGACCCACCAAGGACUGAUCGGGUCCUCAUGAAAGCCACAGCCUUCUCUCCGCACUCGUCCUGCAUGAGCCGGCUCCAGAGACUGGUGAAACUGUGCACUCGAAAACAGCAGCUGGACACUGAUCUGUUUCCUCACUUAGGGCUGGAUUGGUCUGAAGACAGUGGAGAAGAGUUGGAGGAUUCAGAGCAAACCUCCCCUUACCAGGUUGCGUGGUCUAUCCGAGAAAGCCUUGGCUAUGAGAGACCUGAGUCCGAUGAUGACAAUGCAGAUGACAGGAGUUCCAGGGUGACCAGACUUUGCACUUACUUUCAGCAGAAAUACAAGCACCUCUGCCGCCUGGAGCGGGCAGAAUCUCGCCAGAAGAAAUGCCGGCACACGCUCCGGAAAGCCUUGCUGCAGGCGGCCAGCAGAGAGCCGGAGCACGCGGGGCAGCUCUUGCAGGAACUCCGGAGAGCUACAUGUGCUUGUACCAGCACAAGCCAAGCAAGGCAGAGGGAUGCAGAACCAACAACCUGCAGUGGGACUUCGAAGGGAGAGCAGUGCACUAACAAGGCCCUUCCAUUCACCAGGCACUGUUUUCAGCAUAUCUUACUGAACCGUUCUCAGCAGCUCUUCUCGAGUUGCACAGCCAAGUUUGCAGAUGGUCAACAGUGCUCUGUGCCAGUUUUUGACAUUACACAUCAGACACCUCUGUGUGAAGAACAUGCCAAAAAAAUGGAUAAUUUCUUGAGAGGGGACAGCUCCCGUAAAGUUCAGCACCAGCAGCAGAGGAAACCCAGGAAAAAAACGAAGCCACCUGCACUUACCAAAAAACACAAGAAGAAGAGAAGGCGAGGCCCACGCCGGCCCCAGAAACCCAUUCCUCCUGCAGUGCCGCAAGGGAACCUCACCAUGCCUGCCAGUGUCUCACUGCCAGUAGAGAUACCCCACAUACGGAGCCCAUCCACACCAGAGCUCAGUGCUGAUGAGCUGCCUGAUGAUAUCGCCAAUGAAAUCACAGACAUUCCACAUGACUUGGAAUUGAAUCAGGAGGACUUCUCUGAUGUCCUGCCACGGCUGCCCGAUGACUUGCAAGAUUUUGAUUUCUUUGAAGGUAAAAAUGGAGAUCUUCUUCCAACCACAGAAGAGGCUGAAGAACUGGAACGGGCCCUACAGGCUGUAACUUCUCUUGAGUGCCUGAGUACCAUUGGAGUACUUACACAGACAGAUGGUGUGCCAGUUCAGGAGCUGUCAGAUAGAGCGAUAGGGGUGUUCUCUACAGGUGCUGGAGCUCCAGGAAUGCAGUCCUUGAGUCGAGAGGUUAACACGGAUCUGGGGGAGCUGUUGAAUGGGCGUAUAGUACACGAUAAUUUCUCCGGUCUGGAGCUGGAUGAGAACUUGCUCCGUUCUGCUACCUUGUCCAACCCACCUACGCCCCUGGCAGGGCAGAUCCAGGGGCAGUUCUCAGCCCCAGCCAACGUUGGCCUUACUUCUGCCACUCUGAUAAGCCAGAGUGGCCUUGGGGAGAGAGCCUUCCCGGGACAGUUUCAUGGACUUCAUGAUGGCAGCCAUGCCUCCCAGAGGCCCCACCCUGCCCAGCUGCUGAGCAAGGCAGAUGACCUGAUCACCUCACGACAGCAAUACAGCAGUGACCAUUCACACUCCUCACCCCAUGGAAGCCAUUAUGAUAGUGAGCAUGUGCCGUCUCCCUACAGUGACCAUAUCACAUCCCCUCACACCACACCCUUUUCUGGUGAUAACUUGGCAGCUACCUUCUCAGCAGAGAUGCCCAUGAUGGCACAGCACUUGCUACCAACUCAGCUGGAUGUGCCACUUAGUGGGGUGGUCAACCCCAGAACUCACUGGGGGAAUCUUCCUGUCAAUCUUGGGGACCCCUCUCCGUUUAGCAACCUUCUUGGUGCAGAUGGACACCUCCUGUCCACCUCCCUGUCCACACCACCUACCACCUCGCACUCAGAGACCACACAGCCUGCCUUCGCCACUGUGACCCCCAACAGCUCCAGUGUGCUUCCGGGGUUACCGCAGACCAGUUUCAGUGGCAUGGGUCCUGCCUCUGCUGAACUCAUGGGCUCCACCUCCCCUAAACAACAGCUCCCUCAGUUCAGCGCAGCCUUUGGGCACCAGCUGAGCUCCCACAGUGGCAUUCCCAAGGACCUGCAGCCCAGCCACAGCUCCAUAGCUCCUCCCACGGGCUUCGCAGUGACCGGUGCCACCGCUACCAGUACCAAUAACGCAUCCGCGCCCUUCACCACCUCCAACUGAGCUUGUCUGCCUGGCUCCCUGCAGGUAGCAUCUGGCAUGGAAAACUUGGCUUCACACAUUGAUUUGAGAGUGGUGCACUGAAGUCCUAAAUCAAGAUCAUGAUUCAAGGAUGAGUUUGGCAGUUUCUUGAAAUAGUCUCUUGACCUCCUCUGUGUGUGUGUGUGUGUGUGUUUGGGGUGCAGGGAGCAGCGAUUCCUUUUCCUCUUUUAGUGAAGAAGUAGGAGUUGACCCCAUCCAGAACUGGUCACUGUUCUUACUGCAUGAUGAUUUUUGGGUUUGUUUAUUAUCAUUAUUUGUAAUUCAUUGAGUAGCAAAGGGAUCAGUUGACUGGUUGCCCAUAAAUUUUAAGGCUGAUAUUGAAGUUAGCCCAGGAAAAAAAAAAAAAAAAAGAAAGAUAAACAGAAGGAUUGAAAUAUAGAUCAUGGAUUAGAGAAGAUUCCUGUGAGAAAUUCCCUUUCUUGCUGAAUUACUGUGGCCUUGUAGCAUUGAUGAUUUGCCUUUUCAAGUGUGUCUGUCCAGAACUCUUUGCCUGACAGGCUGACAGGAAUUUCCCAGCUGAAACAGGAAGAAUUAGGUUGGUUUUCUGCCCAUCCACACAAGUCUAGGUCACACCCGUUGUAAGUUUCAAAUGGAUGCAUUUCUCACAAUAUGUCUAACUAGUGAGACUUUCUUGGACAGUUUUUAAUCCCCUGAGAGCCAUAUAGUUUUUUCCAACACUUGUAGGGUUUGAUGCUCUGUUUGGGAAGCUGAAUGUAUGUAAGGAACUAGCAGGUACCUGUCAGCAGUCAUGGCUAACCAAAAGAGAAAUCAUUAAAGCAAAAUAGGUAACAAUUCCUUCUGUCUGCAGGAUGGUUGAUCACCUGCUAACAACAGUAUUCACUCUUUGGUAGUAAUUGCAGUUCCUAAAGAAAGGAGUCAGCUAGGUUUUAGGUUUUUAAAAUAAUUACUAUUUUUUAAUUUUGUUUUUUAAACCAAGAGGUAAUAGCAGAAGAAAUUCUGAGGUGUUUACUUGCAUCUCCCUAUCAAGAAGGAAUUUGCUUGUUACUCUAUAGGGCAGUACUUAUACUGUACUCUGACAGUAAAAGUAGUUCCUGUUUAAUACAAGUCUCUGCUCUUUGUUGUUUCAGAGAUGCAGAUGGAGAGAAAAUAGUAAAUUCUACAUUUCAAUCUUGUAAUCUAAAUGAUGGAUUUUCUUCUACCUUACAGUAAAAAGUCCUACCUGUGUGUAUUCUAGUCUAUUUCAGGAAAUUAAGAGAAUCAAGUGCAUGUAAUAGGGAGGCCUAAUAAACUUUCUGAGCAAAGGAUCAUUGAAUGAAGUUUAGUUGCUAUAGAAAUUCAUUUCAUUAGCAGCAGUCAGGCACAUACCAAAAUAUCUGACCCAAACCUCUCCUUCCAUCUUCCUAAGGAACAGAGUUUAAAUGGAAUAGGUCUUGUGUCUUCUUACUGUUGUAGCAAUCAUACUAUCCCUCUUUUCUUGAAUAAUCUGUCCUCUUUAAAUACAAAAGAGUAUGGGUGAUGCAUAUGUCCUUUUCUGAAAUUGCAAGUGUAUGUGGGUGGAAGAAACAAAAAUUAUUUUCAUGCUUCUGUUGUUAUGAAGUCAUUAUUACAUACUUGGUAAAAUAGAUCUUAGUAAUAUAAGCCGAAUAUUUCAAGUGGUGAUCUAAAUAUGUUUGUAACACUUAAAUGUUUUUAAAUCACAUAAAAAGUUUAAUUGAAGCCUAUGAAAGCCUGCUUGUGAUUGUCCUGCUGAUUGAGGAAUGCCCAGUGAUAUUGUGAAUGAGGCAAAUCUGACAAGGCUUUUAUUUAUUUUUGUAUUAUGUUUCCCAUACUUUGUUGAGGAGACAACUGUUUGAUUUGCAGGUUAUUUUUGUUGUGCUCGUAUACCUUUUUCAAUGUGCUGGGAUGUCUGACUGAAAAAGAGUGGAGAACUAGUAUACCAAAUGGUUAAUUCUUUAAUUUGCUUGUGUAUUCAUGUAAUUUUAGAGGGUGUUAAUUUCUAUGUAUUGGUUUCAGGAUCUUGGUCUUGAAAUGGUUCUUGUGCCCAUCAAAAUUCUAAUGAAGCUGCAGCUAGUGCAGAGUAUAUUUGCCCCACAUCAUAUUUCUCUUUCUUAGCACAUGCUGGGAGGGAAGAGAGGAUGGGAACUGAGAGCCAAGUUCUGCUUGGUUGUGUUGGUAUAAAUUACAGAGGAGCCUUCUGGUCUAAGGUCAGGGUGAGUUUGUACUGGUCUAACUCAGAACAGAACACAGCUCCUAAUCUGCGCAUUGAUUUAGACAGGGAAUUUCAAAAGCUGUCAGAGCUAUGCAGGUCCAUGAUUACCAUUUGAAAUCAAUGGCCUUUAUGGACAUGCGUUUCUUUAAAGUAGCUUAGGACAUCAAGUCUCUUCCCCCACUUAGAUUUCAAUUUUUGUGUACUGCUUGACAACUCUUCCCUGAAAACUGACUGCGUAACAUUUUUCCAUGAGCAAACUAAGUUUGCAAUAAAGCUGCACUUUCAAAAAUAAACUUCAGUUUGUAUACAAUUGAAAUAGGAAUCCCUCUGUCCUGUCUGCCACAGUGUUCUGAAAUGGGCCACCACUCUUGCCUUUUCCUGGUUCACCUCUCAUUUUUUCAUUACCACCAAUUUCAUGGUUACAUGGCUACCAAGCAGUUACGGGUCUUGAUCUUAGCUUUACAAGGUGGAUCAUUCCAGGUGGGUUUACCUGUUGACUUCAGUGCAUCAGUGUCUUGCUGUUGGAUGCGAGAGAUCUAAUUGAGAGGUAGGUGUAGUCAGAGAUAUUUCACACCUCUUCCUCUGGGAAAUCCUGCUGGCCUGGUUAAGGUGGUCCUCAAAGCUGUUAUUUAUGUGGUUCUCGAGUAGAAUCCAUGCUCCCUCACAAAUGUUUUUGAGUAUCAGCUCUUAUAGCAAUUAGCAUUCUUGUCACCCCUUCACCAAAGAGCCAGUGUAGCAAUUUCAGAUGCUCAGUACCUGUUGUGCCCUUUAUAUGUUGACAAAUGGAAUAAGGCUAGUUGAACCUAAAAGCUAAUUUCUUCACAUAAGAUCGGAGUUUCUGAAGAAUGAAAAAAGUUAGACAUAGAAUAGGAUAUAAUUUACAUAAUUUUGGCAAUAAUAACACCUCAGAUAGUCUCUGUACAAAAAUACUUAACACAAGAUGAAUUUUGACAAUGUACAGAGGCUUAUCAGGAAUAGCUUCGUGCUCUCCUGGUACAUAAGGCAUUCUUUAAGACAUGCUUUGAUGUUUCCUUUCACCUAGGAAGACCUUACACCAACUUUGAGGGGACCCAUAUGUACUUAGAUACCUCAAAGUUGAUUUGUUCUUUGGCUUCAUCAUUAUGAUGCAUGAACUUUGUCUCCUCCUGCCUUCUAGUUCCUCCAGGUUCUUGCUUAGAUCCCUUCUCGUUAGUAGCAUGCUUCUCUCUAUGGCUGAGCAUAAAGGCUUUAAAUUGAUAAUGCUGAGAGGUAGCACAGUUGCAGGUCUGCCUCAGGCACUGUGGAGAAAAUGGCAAUAUCUAGAUUUCCAGCUGAAAAUGGGGAUUUGCAGUUCUCAUUUGGAAAGCACUGAAAGCCCUGAGAAGCUUAUUGCCUGCUAGGCAAAAAUCAGAGAAAAGAAAUUGUCAAAGAGGAAUUGUACCUAAUAACAAAGAGAAGCCAAGGGUUUUUAUUUUAUUUAAUUUUUUUAUAAAAGGAAGAUAAGUAUUGAAAAAAUAGGACAUUCUGUUGUGAGAUGCCACUGGCUUUAGGGCCACGGCUAAGGCAAAAGACCUAGGACUGAACCUGAAAACCAGUAGCCAAAUUCAGUUUGAUGCUUUGUCUUGCUGUAACCACAUCUAAAUACAGUCUGGGAUUGAAUCUGCUUGCCAAGAGAGUCCUGCAAAGGUGUACAAUAAACAGGAGUUUUCUUCCCUGAGAAGCUGGCCCUGGUGGCUACUUAUGCUGCUUCUGAGCUCCAGCUACCCCCUGAGCUCCUGCAGCCUUCUUGCUGCUGUGCAUCCCUGUAGGCAUUGUCAGGCCUCCAAGGGUAUUUCUCCCUGUCAUUGUGCUGCAGUGGGCUUAAUCUACUCAUGAAUUCUCCAACAGUAUGAGCCUUUGGGCAGAGAGGAGGGAAAAAUUUUGAGAAGAGCCAGCUACAUGCAGUUAACCUUUCAAGAUUUGUAGGGCACAAGAUGGUGGCAGGAAAUGCUUUCAGCCAACUAACAAUAGAAAAGAUACCUGCAGUGAUCUUUGGCAGUGAGACAUUUGUGUGGCUGUCCAGGCAGCUUCCCUGGUGGAACUGGGGUAUUUUUUCUUUUGUAUUUUUACAUGUGAAGGAGUCCCCUGUGCAGACCUCUUGCAGGGUCCAGUGGUGGCAGAAAUAGUGACUGAAGGAAUAGUUUGGGGCUAGUGUGCUGGCUGGAUCUUUAGGUCUUUCUCACCUUCUGAUCACAAAGUCUUUUGGGUAACAUUUAAUGAUGGGGAUUUAUGGGCUACUUAUUGUACUUCCUUUAUUUCCUUCCACUCUACAUUCUUCAUAAUUCUUGCUUCUAUUUUUUUCAUUCUCAGACCCUCCUCCAAUGUAAGUUAUGCAAGCUGGUGAGUCUUCUGUGGUUCUGAGUGAAUCUGACUGUAAAAUGAAAAGGAGGAGAGAUUUCUGCAAUUCAUAAUGUAUAUUUGGAUGCUAGAAUGACAGUGCAAUAGAUCAAAGUGUUUCUCAGAUCAGUGAGUAAGGAGAUGUUUCAUAGCAUGCUAAUAUGUCAUGAACUAGAUGCUGAGGGUACAACAUUGAUCAUGGAAGUGCACAUGCUAGCAGUGAAUAUACAGGCAUUUUUGGCAAGAAUUUACCUUCUCAGAAGUUCCUCUUCUUUUGAGAUGUGUAUCAGUAGAAAGUCAUAAAUUAAAAUUUAAAUUACCCUUUCUUAACACGCUCAAGCCCAAAUAAAAGUAAGAAGGGCUGGUGACAAAAAUCUGUAUUUGUGUUCACUAAACUUAAACUUGGACUUCAGGAGAGGUCUGGACAUAAGAGACCUUAGUUCUUAUCAGUAAAAGUUUCAGUCUUGUCUUUAAAACACUAUUGUUGGGAAAGAAAAGUUUGGGGGAGGAGAAUGAAUUAGAAAAGAUGCAUCUUUAAACAGUUUUCUUACUUGUGUCUUCAGCCUCUUUUUUAAAAAAACCCUCAAACAGUAGUGACUAUUUUCCCUUUGCUAUCUGGUACGUCUUAUGGUUGUUGACUUCUUUGCUUUCCCCUGUUUUACUCUGCUCCUUCUCUAGCUACUGUGGAAUGAGGUAAUGUAGUGGAAGCAUGAAAGGACAAAGUGAGCAUGGCUCUAAGUUGACAGCAGUAGUUGGAGAAGGCUUUCUUUAUCUGUCUCCUUGAAGUAAGUGUUGGCACCUUUUCAGUCUACUCUAGGUAAUAGACUUUGGUCUGGAAGUGAAUAGGGUGAAACUUAGGCUUUUGACCAUAAAACUGUACUUACUUGCUGUAGAAAAAUGCAUUCUUUCCACUCUUCCUCUUGCUAGUCCCCCAAACACACACACAGUGAGAUGGCCAGAGUUAGCUGCGUGUCAACCACAUAGGCAUGUUGAACUUGGUGCAGUAAUGCUAAUGUUUAACCUGCUUUCUGUCGUUGUCAGCUGGUGCCCACGGAGAUGAACUCUGGAUAGGUAACGUUCCCAGAUAUCCUCUGGAAAACUUUAACUUUGGUGCAGAUUGCUCUGAUGUAGCUAACUGCGAUGGCAUUGGCUUCUACCUUGGAGUGGACUGAUUUACCCUGAAAUGACUCUCUAACCUGCGUCUUAAACAGUGUAGUUGGUUCUGGUGCAAAUAGAUUAAUUCUGAAGUGAUGGACAUUUUUAUUCUCAUGCAAAAUAGCUAGAUCCUACUAGAAGGGGUUGAACCAGUUUCUCUGAACAGUGAUGACCUUCACUGUACAGUUUUGGGUAUGUCUCAGGGAUUCCUUGUGGAAAUAA